CAACAGAGGCCUAUGGAGCCAGGUGCUUGGGGAAAUAGGACAACUGUCACUGAGUUCAUCCUUCUUGGCCUGACGGAGAAUAUAAGACUACAACCUAUCCUUUUUGCUGUCUUCCUCCUUGCCUAUGUAGUCACAGUUGGGGGCAACAUCAGCAUCCUGGCUGCCAUCUUUGUGGAGCCCAAACUCCACACCCCCAUGUAUUAUUUCCUGGGGAACCUGUCUCUGUUGGACAUCGGGUGCAUCACUGUCACUGUUCCUCCCAUGUUGGUGUGUCUCCUGGCCCACAAGUGCCGGGUUCCAUAUGCUGGCUGCAUUUCACAGCUCUUCUUUUUCCACCUCCUGGCAGGGGUGGACUGUCACCUCUUAACAGCCAUGGCCUAUGAUCGCUACCUGGCCAUCUGUCAGCCCCUUACCUAUAGCACUCGGAUGAGUCGUGAAGUCCAGGGUGCCCUGGUGGGCAUUUGCUGUACCAUCUCCUUCAUCAAUGCUCUGACUCAUACAGUGGCUGUGUCUGUGCUUGACUUCUGUGGCCCUAACGUGGUCAAUCACUUCUACUGUGACCUCCCACCUCUUUUCCAGCUCUCCUGCUCCAGCAUCCAUCUCAAUGGGCAGCUGCUUUUUGUAGGGGCCACUUUUAUGGGGGUGGUCCCCAUGAUUCUUAUCUCAGUGUCCUAUGCCCAUGUUGCAGCUGCAGUAUUACGAAUUCGCUCAGCUGAGGGGAGGAAGAAGGCCUUCUCCACGUGUGGCUCCCACCUCACUGUGGUCUGUAUCUUUUAUGGAACUGGCUUCUUCAGUUACAUGCGUCUGGGCUCAGUCUCGGCCUCAGACAAGGACAAGGGGAUUGGGAUCCUUAACACUAUCCUCAGCCCUAUGCUAAACCCAGUCAUUUAUAGCCUCCGGAACCCUGAUGUGCAGGGUGCCCUGAAAAGGGUGCUGACGGGAAAGAGGCCUCCAGCAUGA